CGCUCCCCAUUCACGCACCCCCCAGGCCCGUACGCCUGAACCGUCGCCCCCUCCCGCUCCCAAACCCUAACCCCUCCGCCACCCAUCGCCGCCACCGCGGCUCCCCUCUCUUCCCCGCCGUCUCCACCGCGUCCGCGCCCUCUCCACCGCGUCCACAGCCUCCCUCCAUCAGAUUUCGAGGGGUCUCGGGAGGAUGGCGUUCCUGCAGAAGGUCGGGAAUGCCCUCAAGCGCUCCGCGGGCUCCGGCUCGGCGAUGCUCCAGGCGGUCCGCUCCAUGUCCUCCUCCAAGGUCUUCGUCGGAGGCAUCUCGUACGGCACCGAUGACCAGAGCCUCGGGGAUGCGUUUUCCAACUACGGCCAAGUCACGGAAGCCAAGGUGAUCAUGGACCGUGAAUCCGGAAGGUCAAGGGGGUUUGGUUUCGUGACCUUCACUUCGUCGGAGGAGGCUGGAGCUGCCAUUACUGGAAUGGAUGGGAAGGAUCUGCAGGGUCGGAUAGUGAGGGUGAGCUAUGCUCAUGACCGUGGUAGUCGUCCAAGUUUUGGCGGCGGCGGUGGCUAUGGCGGCGGCGGUGGCGGCGGCUAUGGUGGCGGUGACGGUGGUUACAGUGGAGGAGGUGGAGGCUACAGCGGAGGUGGUGGAUAUGGAGGUGGAGGCAGAGGUGGCGGUGGUGGAUACAACAGUGGUGGCAAUUAUGGUGCCCCUCAAGGCGGGCAAGGUGGCUAUGGGGGCGAUGCUGGUUUCACAGGGGUUGGUGGUGGUGGUGGAUACAAUGCUGCUCCUGCCAACAACUAUGGUGGCGAUAGCCUGAAUCAAGGGGGUGGAGCACCUCCUGCAUUUGGAGGUGGAAACUUUGGCGCAGGCAAUGACAGCUACGCGGACGAUGCCCCUGUUGAUCUGCCCCCUGAAAAGCUCAAUGACCUGCUGAAGGGUCUUAAAUUUGAUGUUGCUGGCAAGGAGGAUGGUGCUGGGGAGGGGGAGGGCGCUGGCGUGGUUGACGUCGACACCAAGGAGGAUGACUUUCUUGAUGACGACUUGAGCAAGGAUGAAGAUGACUACGUCAACAAGAGAAGCUGAAUCCAGCAAGAAGCAUCGGCUGAAUAAUUUUCCAUGGAGUUGUUCUCCAUGACCGCCUUGUUUUUGGUAUGUCCCGUGAUGAAGAUAAUAAUGUAGUGCUUGCAAACAAGUUAUGUUUGGUCUCUUAGCUACGUUAUGUACGUGUGCUUCGUGUACUGUGUGCUGGACUCAUAGUAUGAUGCAAACUUGAAUCUGAACUUUGCAUGUAUUGGACACUGAAA